AUGGAAAUCAAACGUUUUAUUAUUCUGAUACUUUUAAGUCAUUUAGUAUUGUUUUAUUCAAUAUUUGAUGUUUAUUUUACAUCACCAAUUAAUCAUGGAAUGCCUUUACAUACGUCAACACGAACGCUACGUGCUAAACGUCUUGUACUUUUUGUUGCUGAUGGUCUUCGAUCUGAUAAAUUUUUCGAACAUCUGAAUAAUACACCUUAUCUUAAUUCAAUUAUUGAGAAACGAGCAAGCCUCAGCGGUAUUUCACAUACACGUGUACCAACUGAAUCUCGACCAGGUCAUGUAGCAAUUAUUUCUGGGUUUUAUGAAGAUGUAUCAGCUGUUUCACGUGGAUGGAAAGAGAAUCCAGUUGAAUUUGAUUCGGUAUUUAAUCGAAGUACAUAUACAUUUGGUUUUGGUAGUCCAGAUAUUGUUCCUAUGUUUAAACGUGGUCAAUCUUAUGAACAUUUUUAUGUUGAAUGUUAUCAUUCGAAUGAUGAAGAAUUUGGUAAUGAUCGUGCACAUGAAUUAGAUCUUUGGGUUGAAAGACAAUUUCGAAAAUUUCUAUUAAAUAAUACAUUAGAAAAUGAAUUAAGUAAAGAUAAAAUAAUCUUUUUUUUUCAUUUACUUGGUAUUGAUACAAAUGGUCAUUCACAUAAACCAUGGUCAGAUGUUUAUAUGAAAAAUAUUCAUAUUGUCGAUGGAAUUGUUCAACGAUUAGAAACAUUAAUUGAGAAUUAUUAUAAAAAUGAUCAAAAAACGACAUAUGUAUUUACUUCUGAUCAUGGUAUGACUGAUUGGGGUUCACAUGGUGCUGGUGAUGAUACAGAAACUUUAACACCAUUACUUGUUUGGGGUUCAGGUAUUCGUGCAUCACAUCAUAAAGAUGUUCAUAUUGAACAAGCAGAUUUAUGUCCAUUAAUGUCAUACUUUCUUGGACUUGAUUAUUCAAUAAAUUCUGUUGGUCGUUUACCAAUUGAUUAUUUAUUACCAGUUGAUGAAGAAAUUCUUCAAGCUUAUCUUCAAAAUGCACGACAACUACUUGAACAAGUUCAUAAACAAUUUGAUAUAUUAAAAAAUCGUUUAUUAUAUUUUAAAUCAUAUAAUUUAAAUGAAGAUAAAUUUUUUGAUCGGAUGCAAAAAAGUGAAAGUUAUAGGAAUUUAUAUGAAGUUAAAGAUGAUAUUAAAGAUUUUAUGCAUCAUGUUGCACUAGCUAGCCAUUAUUAUCAUACAUAUCGACGUUUUCUACUUAGUAUUUUAAUUAUUGCUGGAUUUUUAACAACACUUUCAACAAUUUUAUAUCAAUUAAAUUCAAUUAAUAUACCAUUAUUUUCACCUAUAGGAUUAUUAUUUAAAAUAUUAUCUAUUCUAAUUUUUAUUCUAUUAUUAAUUGAACAAUCACCAUGGACAUAUUUAUUAUAUCCAGGACUUGUUUGUGUACAUACAUGGAUUUCAGCUGAUUUCAUAAUUGAAUGGAUACAACAAAAAGGUUUCAAUCAAAUGAAAUCAUUUUCAUUUUGGUUAAAAAUUUUUAUGAUUGGAAUUUUUUUACAAACAUAUAUACUACCAUUUUUUCAUCGUUGGACGAUAUCAAUUGGUAUUUUCCUAUUAUUUAUUGAAGCUGUUCGACGUUGGCAAGGAUCAAUAAUACAUGAUCGUCGUCGAUUAGCAUAUGGAAUUUUACUUUUAAUUAUUCUUAUAUUCCCAUUUCUUCCAACACUUGGAACAAUCAAAAUUACUCUAGCAUGGUGUACUGUAUUAUCAGGUAUAUUGAUAUUAAUAUUUCAUUAUCUUUAUUUCAAAUCUGAAUCUCAAACAUCAAUUAUUUAUUAUAUUCAACGUAUAUGUUUAUUACUUGCUAUAAUUGAUAAUUAUCUAGUACAUCAUUUAUUAAUUCGUUCGUCAUGGAUUCAUAUUGUUAGUUGGAUUAUUUUAUUUAUUUCAUGUUUUCUUCCAUUUUUUUCUUCAUCAAAAUAUCGUUUGAAACGACUUAUUAUUAUAUUUACAUCAAUAUUAACAAUUUAUAUACUUCUUUCAACACAAUAUGAAGCUCUUUUUGUUCUAUGUCUUUGUUCAUUAAUGUUAGCAUGGGUUUUAACAUCUGAACAACAACAUCAAGAAAAUAUUUGGUUAUUUACAUUUCAAUCAUUAUUAUUUAUUUUAUUAGCUUUUUUUGGUACAGGAAAUUUUGCAUCAGUUAAUUCAUUUGAUCCAUCCAAUGUUUAUUGUUUUCUAACUGUAUUUAAUCCAUUUUUAAUGGGCGCUGUUAUUAUAUUUAAAAUUAUAUUACCAAUACUUAUUGUUAAUUGUGCAACAGCAUAUGUGAUAAAAAAUCCUGAUAUAAUUAGAUAUUUUCGUUUAUAUAUAUUAAUUAUAUGUGAUUUAUUAGCGCUUGAAUUAUUUUUUGUUAUUAAAACCGAAGGUAGUUGGUUACAAAUUGGUGAAAGUAUAAGUCGUUAUGUUAUACUUAUGGCAAUGAUUGUUAUUUUAACAGCAUUUCAUUUUCUUGCAACAACUAUUUCUCUGCCAUUAUCUUCAGCAGAUUCGUCUUUGAACGAUGAAGAUAGUGUAGCCAUACGUUUCUAUGCAAAUUUCACUCAAAUAGUUCGUCCAAUGACAAAGUUAAAUCCAUCAAAAUAUAUCUUAGAUCAAUCAUCUACAUAUGAAUGCUAUCACUUUAAUUUAACUGAAACAGAAUAUUCACAAAUAUCUAUAGAUUCAUUAACAGUAUUAGAUCCUAAUGUUACUGAACGAAUCAUUACUUACCAUUCAAUGCCAAAUUUUGAACAAGCAGGUUCACGAUAUUUUUAUCGUCGUGAUCUAAAAUCUAAUGAAACUAUUGAAAUUGAACUUCUUAAUCCCAAAGAUCGUGUCUUUCGUGAAGUUCAACAACCAAAUCGUUAUUUCUAUUUAAAAUCAUUCGACGAUCUUGAAUAUUCAACAAUACCUGUUAUACCUUAUUAUAAUAUUAAAUUUUAUUGUAAUAUAUCAUUACCACUAAAUUCAUCGUUUGCACCAUUUUUAUCGUAUCAUGAUAACAGUUUUCAAUGGACACCACGUUAUACACUUGAUGAACUUCCAACUGGUUCUAAUAAACAAAUUGAAAUACAUGCUUUUGCUGAUAUUCGUAAUAAUGGUAGUCGUCCAAUAUCUUUUGAAGUAAUAGAAUUUGUUUCAGAAGAUAUCAAAUUAUACAAAAAACCAUUUGAAUUUUCACGUAAUGAAACAUCAUAUUCAGCUAAUAUCAGUGGUAUAUAUCUAAUUGAACCAAAUUUUCCAUCUACUUCUAUAUUAGCACCAUAUUCAACACAAUCUAUUCCAUUCUUACAAGACGAUAUUAUAGUUAAUUCAUUUAAUUAUUAUUCAGGUGAUUUUCUACCUGUUAAUUCAACUGGUAAAUUAUUGAAUGCAUUCAAUAUAACAUCAAAUACUAGUUUUAUUCCUAAUGGUCGUAUAUUAAUAAAUAAAGGUGGCAAAUUUAUUGCACAAACUGAUCUACCAAAUAUAGCGAUCGGUGAAACAUAUACAUCAGUAUAUGGUUAUAAUACUGAAGUUUCAUAUCGUCGAAAAGUUACAAUAGUUGAAGGUGAUGAAGAUAGUAGCUCAAUGACAUAUUAUGUUGAAUAUAUAUUUAAAAAUUCUUCUGAAGAUGAUGCUCGUAUAUAUUUUAUUGAAUCAUUUCAUUCAUUGAAAUAUUUUCAAAUGAAAAAUAUUUCAUCAUCAGAUCUAAAUGGAGAUAUACCAGAUGUUGUAAUUCAUGAUAUCAAUUUACGUGGAUAUUUUAUUGUUCCAAGUUCGAAUGGUCAAAAAACAAUCAGUUAUAAUGUAAUUGUAUAUAAAACUAAGUCAAGUUGUAAAUGA